AUCAUAGCAAAGUUAUAUCUCCGCGAGUCUGGAGUUCUGCCAGGUGCCGCCACCCCCUUUGCACCUGAGUUCUGCCGUGGGCCGGAGACGACCAGUUUUGCCAGACCAGUUGGCGAAGUUCCCGGGUUCUGCCAAGCUCCAACGACACUACCAUAAGUGUAUGCCACGCGCACGAUCAUUGCUUACACUAGAUGCGAAACAUAGCAUCAAUCUUUCCAAGGCGGCCCGAGUAUCCUAUUGGGUACCAGUCAAUAUUUAAUCGAUGACCGUGCAAGACGAUCCACGUCAGCUCUGCACCAUCAUCAGUCUUUGUUUCUCACCUGCACGUCACAAAUAAAAGCCUUGUCAACCCUUCCCGCUGUGUUUUGUUUUUGUACCAUGUCUGCUCUCAGCGAUGCGAAAUCAGAAACGGUCCAUAUCUUCUCUAGUUUACCCAGCCAUUCCCGUGAUGAUCUCGAGAGGAGAUUGGUAAGGAAGCUCGAUCUACGUAUGUCCGUGAUCUUGCUUUUGUAUGCCCUGAACUAUAUCGACAGAGCAAAUGCUAGUAGCGCACGGUUGGGAGGUUUUGAGAAAGACCUGCACCUGCAGGGGAAUCAAUACGCGACGGUCUUGUCUAUCAUCUAUGUGGGAUUCAUUGUCAUGCAAGUGCCAGCGAAUAUGUUUCUGCACUGGUUAGAGAAACCUGCUAUCCUGCUUCCUUGUAGUAUGAUGAUAUGGGGUGUAGUAUCAACAUUAACAGGGGGCACACAGAAUUAUACCGAGGUUCUUUUCGCCCGUCUACUUCUUGGCUUUUCCGAAGCACCCUUUUUCCCUGGCACCAUAUUUCUUUUAUCAGGAUGGUACAAGCGAGAUGAGCUCGCUGUGAGAACGACUCUCAUUGCUUGUGGAGCCCUGCUCAGCGCUGGGUUCGGAUCCCUGUUUGCAUCUGGUAUACUUACGGGGAUGCAGGGAAAACUUGGUCAAUCCGCAUGGAGGUGGUUAUUUUACAUCGACGGCGGCAUCACCGUCGUAGUCGCGAUUUGUGCAAUAUUUAUACUCCCUAAUUUCCCUCACAACACCAAAUGGCUCACUCCGGAGGAAAGAUCGUUGGCUAUCGCUCGCCUUGCAGACGAUGGCUAUGGAAGAAUGGACCAUGACAAACGGACGACCAUGCAAGGACUGCGGAAUGCUGUGUCCGACUGGAAGGUAUGGUGGUUUUCAGUCGCACUCAUUAUCGAUUCUAUGGCGAUGUCAUUCGUCAUUUACUUCCCGACGAUCGUCGCGACUUUGCGAUAUAAUACGACGGUGACUUUGCUGCUCGCCACUCCUCCAUGGGUGCUUGCCGCGAUUGCUGCCUUUUCUUUUGCAAGGUACUCUGACAAUACGAAAAAGCGUUACAUAUACAUUUUUGCAUCAAAUGCAUUCGCUGCCCUUGGAUUCACUAUAUCCAUCUGUACGAUGAACAUGAUUGCGCGCUAUGUUUCCCUGUUUCUCAUGGCUCAAAUCGCCGCAGGACAAAUCGUUCUCUGGGCAUGGGUAAACAACACUUUUGCCAGAGAACCUGCGAAGCGAGCUGUUGCUAUCGCUAUGAUUAGUGGAAUGUCUGCGACAGGGAACAUCGUCGGAUCGUACAUGUGGCCUCUCAACUGGGGCCCGACAUAUCGUUAUUCCUACGCCAUCAGCUUCGCAGCACUUGGGGUGUCGACGGCCAUGCUUGGUGUCAUGCAUUUGCAUUUGAAGCGAUUGAACGAGCAAAUUGAGAGAAACGAGCAGAAUGCAAAGGAUAUCAACGACCUUCAGGACCCUGUUGGUUUUAGAUAUCUGGUGUAG